UCUCUGUGGCGUGAUAGAUGCCAGAAGUGAUCAUUACCAGCGACCAACCGAGUCGCAGUGAUCUGUGUACCAGGGAUAAGUUAUCCACGCUCUGUUCGACGAACUACGAAUCAGCCAGAGCUCGGCUUUCGAUUCCUGCUGCUCAUCAUCUCAGUUCGACGAUCCAGCCGAUCACCAUGGGGACCAAAGGGUUUGCCCUGAUGGUGGUAUUGGUUACGGACAUUAUCGUAAACGUCGACAGUUACGAUACGCCCACGCCUCUUGUUGAAGUAUUGAACCCUUACGGAUUUCGCGUAUCAAUUCCGGACUCGCCUGGCGUUCAGCUGUUUGCUUUCCAUGGUAACAUCAACCAGGAAAUGGAGGGCAACGAAGCCGGAACGUUUUCAGUCGACAUCGUUUCAAAGAAAAACGGACGAUGGAGCCACACUAAUCCAACGGCCUCGUUGAAUCCAGGAGAUACCCUAUACUUCUGGACCCACGUACGUGUCAAUGGAAUUGGAUACGAGAAAUUUCAUCAAGAAUUUCACGUACCCGCGAAACCUUCUCAGAAUACCGGUGACUCAAACAAUGGACAACCUCAACCGGGAGAUGAAGACGUGUACAUCUUUUCUAUGUAAGAAUCACCGAUUGUGAUCUGAAGUCACGAAAAAUUGAAAUGUCGCGAUACUGAUGCCAAAAGGACGUAUAAAAGUGUAAGCCCUUUUGGAACGAGCACCGUGAUAUGCUCACCAACAUAUUGUUGCAUAUUAUUCAUUUCCUUAAUUACUCCUCGAAUGUGUAAUUUAUUCCAACUAUUUUACUGCCCAAAAGAAUAAAAUGAAUUGAACAUUUA